AUCUCCAUGGGCCAUCAUACUCUAAUCUCGACGGCUCGGCCCCCGUGCACAAGCAGGCAAGCAGCCCACCUCUAGCGACUCAGUGGCCGGCGCCGGCGCCUUCUCAGUGGCCGGGCGGCGGGGUCACGCUGCUUUCCCCACUCCCCACUACUCCACUAGCCACACCACCCGACCUCCCCGCGUUCCGCCACCGCCGGCGCGGCACCCCGCCAUGGCCCCGCCUCCCGCCGUCCGCACCCUGGCGCCGCUCCUCCUCGUCCUCAUCCUCCUCCCGCUGCUAGCCGCCGCGGCCGAUCCCGUCCUCGAGGGCGGCUACGCGGUUACCACCUUCUCCGACCUCAACCCGCUCCCGGCCUCGGGGCCCCACCCCUUCGCGGUCCUCCCGCGGCCCCGCGCGGGGGACCUCCUCCUCCUCGACUCCGCCGGCGCGGCGCUCUACACGCUCGCCCUCCCCUCCGCCCCCGGCGAGCCGCCGCGCGGGCUCGCCGCCGCCUUCGACCGGCCGCGCAGCGUCGCCGUCGACGCCGCCGACAACGUCUACGUCGCGGACCGCGUCCGCUUCGCCAGGCACGUCCACGGCGUCGUCCGCAAGGUCGCGCCCGACGGUUAUACUACUACGAUUGCCGGAGGACUGUCAUCAGGGUCUGGUCGCAGGGAUGGACCGGCACAGAAUGCUACCUUCUCAACAGAUUUUGAGCUCGUUUAUGUCCCCAAAAUAUGUGCAUUGUUAGUUGCUGACAGAGGGAAUCGACUGAUUAGACAAAUCAAUCUGAAGCCAGAAGACUGUGCACAUGACACACAUUCAGGCUUGGGUACUACAUCGGUGUCGGUCAUUGCCAUAUUCUGUGCACUACUCGGUUCAGUAAUCGGGUUUUUAGUUCGUCAUUUCUAUCCCAUCAAUGAAAUCUCCAUCAACCACUUUUUCAGCAGGAUGCAGAAGCAAUACCAGAGAACCCAGAGGAAAGCGACUCUGAUCAGCUUCUGCGACAUAAAAAGCGUAGUUGCUAGCUCCAUGGCCUACACCCUCCUCCUUAAACUGAUCCAAGUUAGUUGUGGCUGUCUUGCCUUGGUGUUACCUAGUGUUAGGUUACAGCGAGAAGUUCCCCGUAAGCUUUAUCGGCGUCCUAAGCUACGCAGGACUAGCACUUCCCCUAACAUUGGUCUUCGCAACAGAGCUCCUCUUGCUCCUACUGAGCAGCAGGGGGAUCUGAUAAGCUUUGCUGGAGAUGAUGGUGAUAAGGAGGAUAGUAGUCAUGCCAAUAGUCCGGGGGCUAAGGAGCCAUCCUUUGACUACGACUUGAUGGGGCUUGUCUACACCCCACAGGUCAGCACUAAUAAGAUAGAUCACAUGAUCGAGGCCAAUCUGUCAGGCUUUUCAGGUCAUGAGGAACGUUGUAGCUUAACUGUUAGUAGUUACAGUAUAAGCAGGAGGAGAGUGCAUGGAGAUAAAUAAGGUUUUCUGUGCCUGAGAUUGCCCUUUUCCCCACGUUUGCUCAUGUCGAGUAAUAGAACAGGGGUCUUUGAGCAUUCAGGAGGAAGAAGAUUACCUGUGUAACUGUGUUCUGCCUGCUGCUCCGGCGUUGACUAAAUAAAAUAUGUACUGCUCCAGCACCAGUGUUUGCCUUGUAAAUAAGUAAAACAACUGCGUACCAAGUGUUGGUAACUCAGUAUAUAUAUAGUGGUCGUGGCAUGUAAUGUACCCUGGGUAUUGCAGGUGCGUGUGAUGAACUGAUGGUGCCUUAUAUUCUUAUUCUGUAACUACUUCGUAGCAUCCA